GCAGUAGCAUCACAUCUCCGACUUGCGUGACAGGCAUGGACGGACGCGGAUUCACAGCUCAGUUAUAUGGGGGUAUGGCCCCCUCCUCUCAGUUCGACAAUGCAUCUCCUCGUGGAGAUGACUGCACGCAAGCGCGGAAAGAUGCAGCGCCAUCUCCGCCGUCGUGGUGCUACAUGACGCAAGAUGGAUUCACAUGCACCCAACCCCAGGCUGGAGGCUCGCAAUCUGUUUCCUGCAGUGCGAAUGCCGGCGGCGGCACGCAGACCCCCACGAACCACGGCAGUCGAAGUUACACCGGCAGUGCGAGGCAGAUGCCGACACCGAUUGUACCGAGCACUGUGUUGGAGCGCCCAUCCGCAUUCGUCGGCACACGGGGAGUGACACCGGCAACCGAGGAGCGGAUGUGGGGUGCUUCUCGACAGUCCCAUCUCCACACAUCUGAGCAGCGAACGGCGAUGAUGCCGCCUGUCUCCAACAUGCCUCUUCCGAGGACGUUCAGCGGUGGGAUCCGAGGCAGGUCACCACCCGUGGUACGUGGUAUGCAGGGUGCGGGCCGCCAGCCAUCACCAUUCAGAAACACGGAGGGUUAUGGUGGGGGGGGAACGCAGUGCGUGGAGACAAUCGGGACAGACAACAGCACCAUGGCCGGGUGCUCGGCGGAGAUGGAAGAGGAAAGUUGGGAGUUUGAUGAGGAGGGCUCCGCGGCAGGUGCGGAUCGUGAAACUGUCGACCUUGGGGACGAAGAAGAGCCGACAGCGGGAAGUGGAGAUAGCACCCCUUCAGUGCGCACCGCGUCAGGUCACGUCAGGCCACCCGCACCUCAAAGGAAGAAGGGGGGGAAGGCGGCCGCCCCACCGAAGAAGAACAACCCCUGGACGCUGGAGGAGAGAGUGGCGCUGUCCAGGUUACAUGGCGAGGACGAUGCUCUGAUGGCCGACACCGAAGGCGCCCACCAGUGCAUGACGAGGGCGAGAAGAUGGGAGUGGGUAGCAGCGCGGCUUGGAGAGGAGGGCUAUUCAAGAUCCGCGGAAGACUGCAGGAAGAAGUGGGCAGAGAUGGUGAAGAAGGUGAGGGAGAUCCGUGACGCGUGUGAUGGUUCAGGGAAACCAUCGUAUUUUGACAUCAGCACCGAAGAACGGYGGAAGUUGGGUGUGAGUCUGACAUUCGAAAAACCGUUGUGGGAUGCAAUGGAAUGGUACAGGGUGAAGUCGUCGGUGACAUGUGAUAACACUAUGGCGUUAGAGGAUCUGAGAGGGACUGGGUCGGCUGGCGGUAGCGAAGGAGGAUCAGAAGGCGCAGGGACAAACUGCUCGGACGGCUCCGCUAAGAGGCAGCGCACUGGUGUUGGGAAGGGUCGUGGGACCGAUUCCGGAGCUUCGAUGCACGGCAUGGCAGGGGCAAUGGAGGAUUCCACAAGGGCCGUUUGUGAAGGACUUGAUAGGGCAGCUGGCACGCUAGCUCGCGCGGCAACUGACGGAGCUGCGAUGAUGGCCGCCCGUAUAGGCGACGUGGCAACGGAGAUCGGCUCGGUGGCUGGGGCGAUGCGCGAAGGGAACUUUGUCCUCGAAAAAUUGGUCGGGGUCAUGGCGGCAAGGGCGGUGGGAAGUCAGGGGGGUUGACGCGGCCCGCCGGACAUGGGACCGCCUUCUUUGUAG